AUGUGUGAGGUGUUAUACAAAAAAAUAAAAGAAACAGAAUGUGAAUCUAAUUUACAUGUAUCAAAUAAUAAGGCACUAUUUGAUUGGAUAUAUAAAGUAAUAAAAGAUGGAAUACCAGUACCUAGUUCAUAUUAUUCAAAUGAAAAAAUUGUAGAUAAAGAAACAAAUAGAUAUGUAUUGACAGAGUAUAUAUAUGAUGCUGAUAAUAUAAUAUAUAAGGUUGAAGCUCAUACAAAAAUAAAAUUAGAAAAGAUUAUAAAUAUGAGAGUAAAAUGUGUAGAAGAAGAAUAUUUAAUUAAUACUGAAGUAGAAAAACUUUAUUUAGACGAUAAAUAUAAUGAAUUAGAUUCUAUACAAAUAUAUAUAUCAUAUAAUAAUUUUUCAAAUGUAUGGAAUGAACAUACUAUGGAAUAUUUUGUUAAAUGCUAUAGUGGUCAUAAUUUUAAAACACAUAUACAUAUUUUAGAAAAAGAAGAAUUUGGAUAUGAUCUUCAAAUUGAAUUAUAUGAAAUACCAAAAGAUCCAAUUAAGUCUUUUCUAAUUUCUAAUCAUCUAUCAAGAAUUAGAGAAGCUUUAUUGUCUGGUCCUUUUAUGCAUUUUUUUUUAACAAAAAUAAAUUUAUCUGAAAAUAUUUUUCAAAAAUUUAUUAUUAGAAAAAAUGAAGUUAUAUAUAUAACAAAAAUUGAUGAUUGUGUAUUUAUUAUUAUUUCAAUACAUUAUCAAGAUAUAUAUGACAAAUAUAUUGUUUUAGGUUUGUGUAAAAAUAUACAUUUUGUUACUAAAACUAUGGAUUUAUCUGGAAAUUUAGAUUGCACCUUUUAUUCAAACUUCCCUUCCCAUUUAAUAAGUUCUGACUUAUUUGUUUAUAAUGAAAGUGAGGAUAGAAAUAAUUAUGACAAUAUUAUAAUUGACGAGGGUACCAAAAAAAAUGUCAAACAUGUUGAAACUGCUGAAAAUGGUGAAACUGCUGAAAAUGGUGAAAAUGGUGAAAAUAGUGAAACUGCUGAAAAUGAUGCAUUGAAAAUCCCGAAUGUUGGGUUUAUAUCAAUAAAAGUGGAUAUCAAAUUAUUUAGUAAUUGUAAAGAGUUUUCAGAAUUAAUUAAAAUAGCUAGUAGAGUAUCUCAUAUUAUUGUUUCAUUCAGAGAAUUUCUAAACAACUCUUUGAUUCUAUACCGAAUUAAACAAAGGCGAGUGGUUAACCUUGUCAAAGUGUAG